AUGAAUCAAGAAGAUGGGUCAAAACGAAUAAAGCGCGGAGUGCGGAGUUCUACGCGGGGCAUGGAUGCGCAGGGUGUGGCGUUUUAUGCGGGGCGCGGAUGCACGGGGUACGGAGUUCUACGUGUGGUGCAGAGUAGCUGCUAUAUUGAUCUUAUGGCGUGCUUGCGAUUAGGCUCUAAAUCCAAUUCUUUGCGUCUUGAAGGACAAGCAUGGCUUUGUUCAUCUGGGCUUGCAAGUGAUGUUACCAUAGAAAUUGGGGAUGAAACGUUUCAAUUACACAAGUUUCCAUUGAUCUCAAGAAGCGCUCUACUAGAGAAGCGCAUAGGAGAGCUGAUAAAUGAAGAUGGAUCAUCGAACUACACUCUCAAACUCGAUGACAUACCGGGUGGAUCCAAGGCAUUUCAAGUUGUAGCCAGAUUUUGUUAUGGAAUGAAACUCGAAAUCAACCCCUCGAAUGUAGUCUUCCUACGAUGUGCAGGCAAAUAUCUCGAAAUGACAGAAGAAUAUGGCGAAGGAAAUCUGAUAGCCCAAACCGAAGCCUUCUUCAGUGAGGUUUUCAGCAGCUGGGCAGACUCAAUGCAGGCUCUUACAACAUGUGAAGAAGUCCUUGAACAGGCAGAGGAAGCUCAAGUUGUAUCUAGGUGCAUCAAUUCAUUAGCCAUAAAAGCAUGUUCCGACCCAGGUUUAUUCGGAUGGCCUGCAAGCAGACACACCAAGAACUCAAAAGACAAAAAUUGGUUUUGGAACGGGAUCUCAUCAUCCGGUAAGAACAUGACUAGUUCCAUUGAGGAUGAUUGGUGGUACGAAGAUGUUUCUUCGCUUAGUUUCAAUCUAUAUAAGCGCCUUAUCAAAGCAGUCGAAGCAAGAGGCAUGAAACCCGAAAGAGUUUCUGGCUCGAUCAUGUAUUAUGCUAGUAAGAACAUUCCGCUUUUGGAUAACAAACAAAUACCCUACUCGGGUGAUCCAAAGGAUAAUACUUCUGAUGAUUCGACUUUUGAAACCGAACAGAGAAACCUUAUAGAGGAAAUCGUAAAUUUACUUCCUGCUCAAAAAGGCGUCACACCUACUAAAUUCCUGUUAAGGUUGCUUAAAACAGCUAUAAAUUUGCACUGCAAUCCUCCUUGUUUGGAAAACCUGGAGAAAAGAGUCGGAUCGCAGUUACAACAAGCCGCGUUGGUAGAUUUGAUGAUUCCGAAUACAGGGUUUGCAUCAGAUACGUUGUAUGAUAUCGAUUGUGUUCAGAGAAUCGUUGAUCAUUUCAUGCAAAUGCAGUUAGGUGUGUCGGGAACAUCUUCUCCUACGACAGUCGAAAAUAGCGGGCAAGUGACAAAUGCAUCUCAAUCUAUAGCUUCUAUGACAUUGGUGGCUGAACUUAUUGAUUCAUACCUUGCUGAAGUUGCUCCUGAUGUCAAUGUUAAGCCCUCUAAAUUCCAAUCUCUGGCUGCUGUCAUUCCUGAUUAUGCCAGACCUAGAUAUGAUGGUUUUUACCAUGCUAUUGAUAUCUAUCUCAAGGCACACCCGCAGCUGACAGAGGCUGAAAGAGAACAAAUCUGCAGAUUGAUGAACUGCCAGAAACUAUCACUAGAAGCAAGCACACACGCAGCACAGAACGAGAGAUUACCUCUUCGGAUGGUAGUUCAAGUACUGUUCUUCGAACAAUUAAGGCUUCGAACUCAAAUAUCAGGAUGGUUUUUCUUAUCGGAUAAUAAUGUGGAUAGUUCACAAAACCGGGAUCAAGAUGAAAUUGUAGAGCAAGAUCGAGCUUUGGUUGUGGCAGGAGAUGUAAGGAGUCGGGUUUCAGAGCUAGAAAAGGAGUAUCAAACUAUGAGACAGGAAAUACAAAAGCUUGGUAAGACUAAGAAAAGAUGGAACAUAUUUUCUAAGAUGUUUGCCAGACCAAAACCAAGAGUUAAGCAUCAGCUACGCCAUGCUAAACCACUACAUACCAAAGUGCACCAACUGACUCAUAUUAGGAAACAAGAUAUGGAUAAUACUGCUACUCCUACAAUUUAUGAAGAAAUUGAAAGCAUAGAGCAGAGAUAG